GCAACACUGCUCGUGUUUAUGUGUGGGUUUAUUGUGGGGAGCAAAAACAAUUGCGCGACAAAAAAUCCAAAUAUCAUUAAGUUUUGCGUAGCUCAGUUAAAUAAAAGUCGUGCAGCUCUAAAGUCCUCAUUUCAGGUAUCCCGCGAAUAUAGAAAAAUAUCAAGUAGAAGCGUAAGCGUUACAAAGAGGACUCUAGCCCCUCCCCAGAGAAGACACCCACGCCCACACACACAGACACCCGCACAGAGGCCAGGCGCAAUGAUGUCCCUGCUCGGGCGCCCCGACGUGGAUGCGGGGGAAGUGUUUACCAACUUUAACCAGAACAUAACUUCACUUGCCGUGGCCACCAGCGGGGGCUACAGCCUGUACAGCCUGGGUUCCGUUGACUCAACGCUGGAUAAAAUCUACCACACCAAAAGCGAUGAGCUGUUCCUCAUCGAGCGCCUGUUCGAGAGCUCUCUGGUGGCCAUCGUCUCCCAGCGGGCUCCCCGCAAACUGAAGGUAUGCCACUUUAAGAAGCAAAGCGAAAUCUGCAACUACUCCUACGCCAACACCAUCUUGGCCGUUAAACUCAAUCGCGAAAGAUUGAUCGUCUGCCUGGAGGAGUCGCUGUACAUCCACAACAUUCAAGACAUGAAGGUGGUGCACACCAUCCGGGACACGCCGUGCAAUCCACAAGGACUGUGCGCUCUGUCAUCCUCGUCGGAUCACUGUUACCUGGCCUAUCCGGGCAGUGUGACCGCCGGAGAAGUGCAGAUCUUCGAUGCCAUCCACUUGCACGCUAAGACCAUGAUACCCGCCCACGACACUCCGCUGGCGGCAUUGGCCUUCAGUCCCUCGGGCACUGAGAUAGCCACGGCCAGUGAACGGGGAACCGUGAUCCGGGUGUUUAGCUCCCAGGACGGUAGCCGACUCUUUGAGCUGCGACGAGGCCUGAAGCGGUGCGUGUCUAUAGUUUCGCUGUCGUUCAGCACGUGCGCCGAUUAUCUGGUGUCCAGUUCGAAUACGGAGACGGUGCACAUCUUCCGGCUGGAUCGCAGUGGCGCGGAGACCGCUGAUAACCACGGCAGCAAGCAGACGACCGACGACUGGAUGGGUUACUCGUUUUUUAGAUUCUUGGGCAGGACGGUCACCAGUUACCUGCCCACGCAGGUGACCGAUGUGUUCAGCCAGGGCAGGGCGUUCGCCUCGGUCACCCUGCCGGAGGCGGGAGUCCGCCGGAUGUGCGCCAUCGCCACAAUACAGAAGCAGCUCAGAUUGCUGAUCGCCUCGCAAGACGGGUACUUGUACGUGUACUCCAUUCCGGCCGUCGAGGGGGCAGAGUGCCAGCUGAUUAAGAGGCACGACCUGCGGCUUGAGGACCACUACGCAAUGGAUAUCAAAGUUGAUUCACCUCAAACUCUAGGCCUGAACAGUGGCGUGAGCAUCGGCGGAGCAGCCGGCGUUCCGCCGAGCGGAGCAGGCGGUGCUGGAGGCAGUGGCGGCGAUGCCAAGGCGGCGCCUGCAGCGGAGAAACCCGGUGGAUCCUAUGCGUCGGCCGUUAAGGGAGACGAGCCAGCCGGACCAUCCUCCUCCUCCUCCGCUUGAAGGACUGUGGUCAAGAAGGGAAGAACUGAUGAAGAUGGUAAAUGAAACUCACUCCUCAAAGUACUAAGGACGAUGAUGCUAAAGUGAUUGCGAUGAUGCUUGGCGAAACGAUAAUGAUGAUUUAAAUGCGGUAGUCAAGCGUAUUUAAGUGAAUAAAUAGGUCAUAGACUUAAUUUAGCCUAGAAUCCAAACGUUGUCAGUGACGAUUCUUCCUCGUUUUAUACCAGCAGCAAACAAUUCCUCUGUACCGGUUCCCCAAAUCAAAACAAUACAGAAAAAACAGAAACCCAAGCAAUUUUUUAGUUUUAAGCCCCCGUUCGUGUGGCGCUGCCAUUGGAAUAGGAAAAUGCUUUUUGUCAUACACUCCUAAGUUAGUUGUUAAUUAAUAAUUUAAUGCGAUUAUAGAUUUCUUUGAUAUUUGAGUUGCCUGCUUUUUAUACAAAAUAAACGGCCUUUGCAAAUUA